ACCGAACCACCGACAAAGGGAAAAAAACUAACGGAAUAAUGCAACAUUAAGCAAAAUGCUGCUGGCCCUCCUAAAGCAAAGCUCCAAAAGACAACAACAAUAUUUUCAACCUGCCACCACCGACAUCAACAUCAGCAACAACUACUGCAACUGCAACAGCAACAUCGGCAACAACAGCAAUAACAUCAACGUCACCGUUACCACGAACGUCGCCGUAUAAAAUGGAACCCUCAUAUGAUCACGAACAUCCACAUCAUCUGCUAACAAAUUACAACUCGAAAAAGUAUCCGCACGUAUCGCGCACCCCGGAGUACAGCCACUCGACUGGCAGCGACUAUCCGGAGCACGGCGGCUACCUGACGGACAGCCACGGCCGGCUGAUGCAUGAGACCACCAACGAUGCCGGGGGCCUCUACCAUGUCCGCCAGGGCAGCGAGCACUCGUCGCCCAGCCUCCACUCCCCAGCCAUACAGAGCACCGGUUACGAGAACGAGCACUCCCUCGGCGAGGCCGUUCUCUCCGUGCACAGCCACAGCCACUCGCCCAUGCCGAUGGUCUCCUCCAGCGCCUAUGUUGGUGGCGGAGGCACUGGCUCCGGUACGCUGAUUAGUAGCAAUAUUCCGCUUUUGGGCAGUGGUGGCACUUCGGUGCUUAAUAAGUUCUUGUCGCAUCCGCACCCGGGACUGGUCAGCGGAGGAUCUAUUACCACGGCAGGAUCCAUGGAGGAUUGCGAGCCGGGAUCCAUGUGGAGCUAUGACUACAAGGGCGAUCUCUGUGCCCCCAACUGUGGCUAUCUGGAGCGGCACAAGCCGAUGCCCAAUGACCUCAAGUACCGACCCAGCGGCGGAACCCAGUCAAAAAGUGCCAAAGAGUCGCGCAUCCGCCGGCCGAUGAACGCCUUCAUGGUUUGGGCCAAGAUCGAGCGCAAGAAGCUGGCCGACGAGAAUCCCGACCUGCAUAAUGCCGACCUCAGCAAGAUGUUGGGAAAAAAAUGGCGUUCUCUGACGCCGCAGGAUCGAAGACCAUAUGUGGAGGAGGCAGAGCGUCUCCGGGUCAUCCAUAUGACGGAGCACCCCAACUACAAGUACAGGCCACGGAGACGCAAGCAGUCCAAGCUGCGCACCAUGCAACCGGGUGGCAAGGAGCAGAGCGAGAACUCACCCAAUCCAGUGGCCGGUGGAGGAGCCAAAUCGAACUCCAAGCUGAGCACUCCUCCGUUGGCAACGGCAGCGUCCAGUUACACCGCGCCCACCACCGACGAGAGCACCUGCAACUCCACGAGCCAGAAUCCCAAUCAGGUCUCUGCGGGCGGCUUGUAUGAGCAGCCCCUGAAGCCCACAUAUUCGCCCAGCUCCGUGGACUGCUACAGCAAUGCGGACAGUUCCGAGCAGAUUGAGUCCCUAGCCGCCAACUGUCCACCUGCACUGCUUAACGAGUCCUCGUCGGGAACGGGUGGCAGCUACGACAGCUCCUUGCUGCUGAAGAAACUAACGAAGCCGCCGCCUUCCAGUCGGGCGGCCAAGGCGCGCCAGGACAAGCUUUCCAAGUCCUCGGAGGAGGGCAAGGCUAAAGGUCAGCCUCAGCCACAACAGGGCCUAUACUCCGGCAGCUAUCCAUUGGCCCCCACAUCCGUGGCCGUGGUGGCGGCCAGGGGGAUGUACGUGACCUGCAACAAUCGAGGGCUGCUGGAUCACGGGCACUCCGUCAAGGGGACCUUCUAUCCGCCGGUGUCAGUUUCCGAGGACGAGGGCAGCGCCUCCAUGAGGAACAGUGUCGGAGUAUUGCAGCAGCAUUGCAAUAGCCUUACCGUUCCCUCCAGCUCCUCUUCCGGACCCACACCCACCACGUCCGAGAUGGGCAGCUACGCCGUAACCAUGGCGGACAAUUGCGGCAACCUGCGGCUCAGCAUGAACGAGCUGUCGUCGCCCGCCAAUGAGUAUCUGCCCAGCGCCAACGCCUACGGGAUGCAGUACGAGGACUUUCUGCGCUACCAGAGCAACGACAUGGACUACUCCACCUCCAAUGAGCAGCACAAGGAUCCGACGCCGGAUAAGUGCCUCAAGUACCCGGACACGAACCACAACUACGACGACUACGAGGCGGAGACCUACAACAACGCCAUGAUCCCGGCUACGGCGGCCAGCUACUACAGCCAGCUUCCGUACGCUCCCACCUCGCUGGCCGCCUUCCCGCUCCAGCUGGCAGUGCCCUUCCAGCAGACCACGACCGGCGGCUUCGGGGCACAGCCCAUGCAGGGAGGAUACCUGCACUACGGGAACUACGGUGGCUACGAGGGCAUGGCCCAGGGUCAGACCCAAAACCAAAUCCAAGCCCAGGCUCCCCUGCAGCAGCAGGCAUCGCACUCCGCUCCGCCCUCCUUGUCGUCCAUUCAGACGGUGGCCUCCGCGAACUCCGCAGGAGUGGGAGCCAUGCAGCAGCACCAUCCCUUCGGACCGGUUAGCUCCGGGAUGGUCGGAGUGGGUGUGGGCGAGAUGCUGUUCGAGCAGCAGCAGCGCAAGGACGACGAGAUUAGCAACAUUCUGGCGGGAGUUCGCAAGACCUGCUACAGCAACUGACUCUGAUCAGAUAUAUGUAUGUAAUUUUGAUAUCUAGAGCUUAGAGAGUGGUUUAGGUAGUCCUAAGUUUGAGCCCCCUUCUCCCCCAUCCCCCAUGUUCUUCCAUCCCGACUAGAGUCCCAGCCUAGCCUAGAUCCUAGAAAAUGUACAAUGUGUAGAAACUUAAUGAAAAUAUAUUUUAAAAUUUAAAAAGAAAGAACAAAAUAAAGUAAAGCGUAAGCAAUCGAAUCACUGCUAUCGAUGUCAAUGUCACUGUGGAACGCGUCUGGCAGCGGGGUGGACCGUGACCAUAUGACACAUCCUUGCCCGAUAUACACAGCAGACUCCGGGGCCUGCGCACAACCACUUCCAUCAGGCUGGAGUGCAAAGAUUUUCUUUUCUCAUUCGCACGGCCAAAGAUUUCCCAAGUUACAUAAAAUUCGCACUUAAAUUUUGAAAAUUUAAUUUCGCAUUAAUUUCGGCCACUUUAGCAGGACAUUCGGACAGGAUUCCAAACCGAAAACGAGUGAGCAGGAUGUGCAAGUAUCCGAGAAUCGCAUGAUUAACGUGCAGCAUUCGCACAAGGGCGCCAAGAAGUCGCAAUCAUCAACAAAAAAAAAAACCAAAAUCUGAACAAAAAUCUGAAAAAGAAUCGGUUUUAUCUUAUAGAUUUGUUAAUUUCAAUGUCCAGACACGGCCAGUAGCUUAAUUCGAGUAGCGGAUUCGAGUUUCGGAUGCUUGCGGAAGCCCUCAAAAUUUUUAAAGCACCCAUUUGGACCCAUAGGCAAAAUCAAUAAACUACUACAGCACAUUCGAGCCAAGUCGAGUCGAACGCCUUCUUGACACCACCGCGGCCGCCGCCAUUCAUCUCCACCAGCACCA